AUGAUGGGAAUGUUCAUCUAUGCAUUCGGAACGGGCUCUUCAUAUUUUGCGCAUCGCAGUAAGGUGAAGUUAGGCCAAAAGCUUUAUGCAGAGGCUCUUUCGGAUGCGGAAAAGGUUAUCGAGCUCAACCCUUCGUCUUAUCUCGGGUACGAGUUGAAGCAUGCAGCGCUUCAUGGAUCACAACGCUAUGAAGAUGCAUUCAAGGCCUUCACAAUCAUGCUUUCCAAGUUGGAUGAUGCACCCGACCCACAAAUACGACAGCUACGCCAGCAAUAUGCCAGUCCAUCUGAAGUAGAAGAUGCUAUUCGACAAGCCAUUCACGCCCAACUGGAAAACGCCCCCCUUCGUCUAAUCAACACCUCUACCGGACGUUUGUGCGAUCGAGAUGCGCAGAUCAACGCAUUCAUGGAGAGUACAGAGCACAAAGAGCUCCUGCACACAUUGGUUAUACAUGUGCCCCUCCAAAUGGAGCCCAUCAAAGAAGCUGUUGCAAAGUACUUCAGUUGGGUCAUGUUGUCCCAUAGGUGGGAAAGGAAGGAACCGCUACUGCACGACAUUCAGGGCAGGGACAUAUAUGACUUGGAUGCGGUUGGAACCGUGGUGAAGUUGCAGAAGUUCUGCGAAGUUGCUCGUGAUGCGGGGCAUCGUUGGGCGUGGAGCGAUACAUGCUGCAUCAACCAGAACAACAAUGUAGAGGUCCAGCACGCUCACCAUUGUCUACCUAUCGGACGUGCCUCCUUCAUCAGAGUCUGGCGCGCUCGCAAGCAGCAUUUGGAACACGCGAGGAUGGACAGUUCAGGAGUUCCUCGCUCCAAAGUUGUUCUCUUCUACCAAGCAGAUUGGACCCUAUAUCUUGACGACCGCUCACGCAACCACAAACAUUCUCUCGCUAUCACGCAAGAGUUGGAGCGUUCGACUGGCAUAAGUGCGCGGGCGCUCGUCGACUUCCGGCCAGGGAUGAUAGAUGCCCGGGAGAAACUCCGAUGGGCGUCAACUCGUGUCACCACUUUGCAGGAAGACAUCGCGUAUUCGCUGUUUGGGAUCUUCGGUGUCCACCUCCCUGUAAUUUACGGAGAAAAAAGACAGAACGCGCUCGGACGACUUUUACAGGAGAUCAUAGCCCAUUCGGGCGACAUCACGGCCCUGGACUGGGUGGGACAAUCGUCCAACUUCAACAGUUGCCUGCCAGCCGACAUUUUCUCGUACAAGGCUCUGUCAUGUGCACUGCCAUCUCUAUCUGAACGCGACAUGCAGAAUUCGGUCUCCUCAUUACGAAAUAAUAUUUUCGCUGUGGAAUCGGCCUCGAAACUAAUCAGGCGGAGGCCUGGCCAAGACGGGGAUACAUGUUUCAAUUAUGACGUCAAGGCAGACGGGCUACAAGACCUGCUGGUCAUAACGGAAGACAAGCUUGUUCAAUUCUCGCCUGCAAGGCGUACUCGGCGGACAUUCCUGCUCGUCCGUCCGUGGAAUAGGCAUGAUCUCGGGCUGAUUAACUUCGCAGACGAGACGCAGAGCGUAGAAGAUUGGCCCGAGCCUGGGUCCCCUGGAUACAACGAGUCCACCAUGCGAGAGUUGAGGUUGAUCGUUCGCCUCGGACAGCCUUUUGGCGGACUUUUGCUAGCGCAGCAGUGGGGUGGGGAGUAUAAGAGAAUCGCUUCGGAUAACAAUAUCAUCGCGCAAGUUAAGGACACGGCAUUUGUUUACGACAUGAUGGAUAUCAGAAUGAUGGAGAUAUUAUAG